AAAUAAAAUGUAGUAUCCCCAUCCCCGCGCCGAAUGUUCACGAGGUUGAAAGCGAAAGAGUGGUCGACGUUAUGCGUGUAGGUGUAUACUCAACUCAAGCUCAUUCUUCGUUUUCGUGCCGAUUGUGCAGUACUUACACGCGUGUUUUAGGUUGUUUCACAUUUCUGUACAGCAUGCCUAAGGGUAAUAAAAAGAGGAAAAGGAGGGACAGUUCUUCCGAAGACGAACGCAUCUUAAGAAAAAUACACAAGUUGCAGAAGCAAUUGAGAAAUCACAAAGAAAAUUUUUUAAGUGACAACGACGUUGCAUCCGGUGCAUCACCUUUCAGUUCGCAUUCGUCAGUAGAAGGGGCUGCAGAUUUGUCGUUUAACGAGCCGACGCCAGCCCUUUCCGACGUAGUACAAAACAUUAUCACUCCUGAAGGUCCAUCACAGGAAGAACCACCAGCCCUAGACGAAAACAUUUUGUCACUGCUAGGCAAAUUACCUUCAAAGUCGAUCACUUCGGGACCUCCUUUACAUAAAGAUGUAGCCACUAGAUGGAUUACCUUAAUUAAUGAGGGAUUAGUGGAAGAGGAAAAGCUCUCGAUCUUGCGCGAUUACCCACCUGCGGAUAAUUGCCUAUUGUUAAACAGUCCGAAGCUGAAUCCCGAAAUUGCAAAGGCAUUAAACAUACAAAUUGUAAAAAGGGACGAAAAUUUAGCGGAGCUGCAAAAUCAAAUUGGAGGCGCAUUGUCAGCUCUAGGUAAACUGCUCACCUAGCUUUUGUCCAAUGAAGGAGGAGAAAAUUUUGACUAUAUUAAGUUAGCAAGCGAUGCGAGUAAAUUGCUACUUGACUUUCACCACAAGCAAGCUAUAACACGACGUAAUUUAAUCGCAAUAAAUCUUAGGAAA